AUGCGCGUCAGUAGCUGGAUUCCGCUGGUGCUGCCUCUGGUAGCCGCUCGCUCGGUGAAUGUGGACGAGUUCGCUCGUCGUCAAUUACCUAGUGAGCCCACCGGCGUGAAGACUAUCCACACAGCAAACAAUGUCACGAUUCGAUACAAAGAGCCCGGCAAGGAAGGCGUCUGUGAGACUACUCCGGGGGUCAAGUCAUACUCCGGCUAUGUGGACCUGUCGCCCACUGCGCACACUUUCUUCUGGUUCUUCGAGGCGCGUCACGAUCCUGAGAAUGCCCCCAUUACACUCUGGCUGAACGGUGGCCCUGGAAGUGACUCGCUGAUCGGCUUGUUCGAAGAUCUAUUAGGCUUCUCGUACUCCGAAAAGGGAGAUGGUUCUCUUAACCCACUUACCGGCUCCUUUGAAGAUGCCUCCUUCGCUGGUGUCCAGGGCCGAUAUCCUGUGAUCAAUGCCUCUUUGAUUGAUACAACCAAUCUCGCCGCUAAAGCUACUUGGGAAGUCCUGCAGGGAUUCCUCGGAGGCCUUCCCAAACUGGACUCAAAGAUUAAGUCGAAGAGCUUCAAUCUGUGGACCGAGAGCUAUGGAGGACACUAUGGGCCUGCCUUCUUCGACCACUUCUAUGAAGAGAACGAGAAGAUCGCCAAUGGUACCGUGGAGGGUAUUCAGCUUGAAUUUAACACCCUCGGAAUCAUAAACGGAAUCAUCGAUGAGGCUAUCCAGGCUCCUCACUAUCCCGAAUUUGCACGACACAACACGUAUGGCAUCGAAGCAGUCAACGAGACUGUGUACAACUACAUGAAAUUUGCCAACAACAUGCCCAAUGGCUGCCAGGAUUUGGUCGCGACCUGCAAAGCGACCAACCGUACUUCCCUGUCAGACUAUGCCCUCUGCACAGAGGCAACAAACAUGUGCCGUGACAACGUCGAGGGUCCGUACUAUGUAUUCAGUGGCCGCGGCACCUACGAUAUCCGCCACCCAUCCAAUGAUCCUACGCCCCCGAGCUACUACCUGGACUACCUAGCCAAAGAUUCGGUCCUAAACGCUAUUGGCGUGGACCUCAACUAUACACAAUCCAACGACGAGGUCUAUUUCGCCUUCCAACAAACCGGAGACUUCGUCUGGCCCAACUUCCUCGAAGACCUCGAAGACAUCCUUUCGCGCCCCGUGCGUGUUGCCUUGAUCUACGGCGACGCCGACUAUAUCUGUAACUGGUUCGGCGGCCAGGCGAUCUCUCUCGCAGCCAAACACAAGCACAGCAAGGAGUUCCAAGCCGCCGGGUAUGCGCCUUUCCUCGUUGACGGUGUGGAAUACGGCGAGACUCGCGAGUAUGGUAACUUCUCUUUCACUCGGGUGUAUGAGGCUGGCCAUGAAGUUCCCUAUUACCAGCCUAUUGCGGCGCUACAGCUAUUCAACCGUACGCUGAAUGGAUGGGAGCUGCCGACGGGUGAAAAGAAGUUGACUCCUCGGUUUGGGUCUAGUGGGCCGGCUUCUGCGACGCACACUCAGUCGUCGGUUGCCCUGCCGAGUUCUACUGGACACUGA